AUGCUCUCGUCGUCGCCCACACCCACAUUACCGUGGGAGGACGAGAUCAUACAAAAUUCACCCAACGUGGUUGAACCACGCGAAGAAUCACAAUUGAAUGACUUGGACUGGUCAUUUGGGUCUUCGAUGUCCAUCUCGUCUCUGGAGAGCCCUGGACAUCCAUCACGUCGCAUGCGAGAGCCGCUGCCUUCCGUCCAUACGCAACCGACUGAGGACCCCUUCGCUAUGCCCUCUUCGAAUGCGCCGCUCGCACCAUUCGUGAAUUUACCACAAAGCGUACCAAACAGCUCGCCUCAUGCGAUGGAAAUCUCUUCGCCUGCGAUAACAUGCACAAUAGGCCCCAGCACGUUAGUGCAAACGGUGGUCCAACCACCGAUUGUUCGACGAUCAGACGCAUCUGUGCGCAAGUCGAUGCCCAUUCUACAUACCAAUACCCCUUUUCGCAAGCCUGCUAGCCCAUUGCAGGAUGCCUCUUUCGAGCAUGAUGGACCUGACCGCUGCGUGUUAUUUUCUGAAGGUCCUUCGAUACCGCCUAAUAAGGACAAGUCCCGCACGCACUUGCGCUCACAAAGUGCAUCACUUUGGUGGCCGCAACAUGACGACCCUGACUCUACGGAAGCCCCCCUGCCCUCCCCGUCACCCGCAGUAUGUUUGGAACCACCGAUUGUCGACGACAGCAAUGCCAGUGAUUCGUUUUUGGCUCCAGCCCCCCCGUCCAAGUCGACGUCACCCAUGGGCGACUACUUUUUCGACCCGCAGUCUCCCCAGGUAAAUGCGCCUGUGCUGCUUCCCUCAUCACCUGUUCCACCUGUUUCUUCAUCCGUUCCUGCCUGUGAUGCAUCUUUGCUAGAGAGUGGAUCGGGAUCCGGUGGAUUGCUAGCAGAGUUCGGCUAUCAGGUGGUGGACUGUCGUUUUGCCUACGAACAUGAAGGAGGACAUAUUAUUAAUUCUGUGAACUUGAAUUCCCUGGAGCAGCUUACCCAGCACUUUUUGAAGCCCGGCCAUGGUCUCCAUGCCAAUCGUGAUAUGCCUGAGCGUACACAGAGUGGUAUGGCUGACAGUUGUGGUGAUACCCGUAAGUUUGUGCUAAUUUUCCACUGCGAGUUUAGCCAGAAACGAGGACCUUCGAUGGCUCUGGCGCUUCGCCAGGCAGAUCGUUCUUUGGCAAGUGACUAUCCGCGGUGUCACUUCCCGGACGUGUAUGUACUGGAAGGAGGUUAUGCCGAGUUUUUCCAGCACUGUCCCGAUUUGUGCGAGCCACGGGCGUAUGUAUCAAUGGAUGACCCACGCCACCUGGAAAAACGUUCGAGUGGCAUGAAUGGUUUUCGCAAGCAAUUUACGCGAAAUCGAAGCUUUGCCUAUGGUGAUGGCAAUCCAGCUGGCACUGCUCUUGCCUCCGCCGCCUUUGGCAUGAACCGUGUGAUGAGCAUGGCUCCGAGACCCUCUGCACCUGCGUUCCUUCCGCAGCAACUCUACUCCACUGCCCCCAUUAAUCCGCCCGUGUCACGCAUGGAGCCUCUAAGAGCGGACAAGCUUGCACCCCCCGAUAUGGCUCGAGACACAAGCUUUUCUUCCUGUGACUCUUCGUUCGAGGGUGGUGAUGGCGACUCACCUUGUGCUGCUGCUGGCACCCGCCGGCCCGUACUGCAAGAUGCGCUUCAGCAACAACGCCCGGCCUUUACCCAACCCUUUAUGCGUCGUGCGGAAUCUACCUCUGUUGUUAUACUGCCCAUGUAA